CAACUACGUUGACGUUUACUCAAGGUUUCUGUCCAUCCUACGGCCAUCAACCUUACAGUGCCGUGGUCUACACGCAACGUUGUUACUCUCAGUCCAGGCCUUGUCUGCAAAGCCGGUAAACUGCCCUUAUACUCUUCUUUGGUGCAGCUAGGCAUCAUGAGACCCCUCCAAGAGUCCCUUUCCAGAUGGCGUGAGACACAAUCCCAAGGUGUGCACCUCGGUGAUCUUCGACGUGCUGUUCGGUAUAAUGGUCCUGCAAGCCCAUGCAUAUCAGGAUGUCGUUCUCUUUGUUGGAAGACUUUUCUUCUUUCUACUGCUGCUGAAGGACUGAGCUGGUCUCAAGUUCUGGACGAUGGAAGAAAACUUUACGCUGAGAAACGGAAUCACUUCCUCAAGUAUAUAAAACACCCAGAAGCUCUUGCAGAGCUGAACAUCGAUCCUCUGACAGAGGAUCCUAGUUCUCCGUGGAAUACGAUUCGUCAAGAUGAGGUUGUCCGUGCUGAGAUCUUGCAAGACGUUCAGCGACUCCCCGAUGAAGCUUCAUACCAUGAAGACCAGACCCAGUCAAUCAUCUUGGAUAUCCUGUUUAUGCACUGUAAACUAAAUCCGGAGCGAGGCGGCUACCGGCAGGGUAUGCACGAGCUGCUUGCCCCUAUUCUAUAUGUCAUUGAGCAGGAUGCCGUGGAUCCAACGACUUUACCAGAAGAGAUUCCUCUGGACGAUGCUCUUAUCAAAACUCUCGACCACUCUUUCAUCGAGCAUGACGCCUUUGUCCUGUUUUCAAAACUUAUGGAACGCGCCCAAUCGUUUUAUGAAGUCAAGGAUGUUAUUCCGGCACCAGGAAGUUCUCUGCGACCCCCCCAGUUCGCAGAACAAAGCUCGGCGAUUGUUGAACGAAGCAAAUUCAUCCACGAAGUUUGCCUGCAGAAAGUUGACCCGGAACUGGCUACUCAUCUAACCAACAUUGAAAUCUUACCACAAAUCUUUCUCAUUCGGUGGAUUCGGCUACUCUUCAGCAGAGAGUUCCCCUUUGAGCAGUUUUUGGUACUCUGGGAUACUAUCUUUGCUGUCGAUCCAACUCUGGAACUCAUCGAUUUUAUUUGUGUUGCUAUGCUGAUUAGAAUUCGGUGGGAUUGCAAGUUACCUAGGCAAAGAAUGUAUGCUCCUUGGCUAACGCCCUUUUUAGUAUUAGAGGCCGAUUAUUCUGUUUGCCUUCAACUACUGCUCAAAUACCCUCCUCCAACAGGAGCUCACGGUCCUCAUACAUUUGUUGAUGAUGCUCUGUACCUGAGGGACCAUCUCUCACCAUCUGGAGGAUCAUCACUGAUUAUGAAAUACACUGGAAAGAUGCCAACGUUAUCUUCUCCGCCACAGACUUCGCGAGCAGGCACUCCGAGCUUUCGUGGUUUCAACUCCUUUAAGCAUAAAGGACCAGGCCCAAAGCCGCAAAUAUCAUCCCCAUCGCGCUUCCUGCAACAACAGGGUGGCAUGGAAGCUCUGUUUCAGGGAGCCGCCAAAGGAGCCAAAGGAGUUUACGAAAGAGGUGAAAAGCUGGGUAUCAACCAAGCCGUACGAGAUGCUAUGGGAGAGAUCAAGCGAAAUCUCAACGAGGCUAGAUCUGCACCUAGAUCUCCGCAACCCCUGGUAAACAACCAAGAAUCAGCCCGGAGCCUGGUAGCAUUGGAGAGGCGGAAUCAACAACUUGCCGCAAUGCUUGACGAGACGGUCGAUAACCUCAAAGCUAUAUCUGCCUCAAAUCUCGACGACAAAGCUAAAAGCCUGGAGCUCAUCGAGAUUGCGGCGGCUAAGGUGCAGUUUGUUAAGAUUUACUUGGACGACUCUUCUAUGGAGGUUCCGGUGUUACAAUCUCCACCACCCGAGGACAAACCACAAGAAGUUGCUGUAGCUGAAACAACUAUUGUUCAGCCUGAGCCUGUGUCAGUGGCAUCUACGGAGGUUGAUAUCUCGGCUCUUCAGAUAUCCGAAUCAAAAAAAUCCCCCGAGAGCGUAUCAGCACGCCCUCCUAGCCCUGAUCAUAUGGACAUAGUCCCGCACGACGAUGGCAGAUCUGUAAACUCACUGGCUCCGACAAGGCCAGCUCCCGUGCCUACUCGUUCAACACUGGCGCAAUCGUCUUUCUCCUGGAUGCUGGAGCCAGACGAGUCGGGGUCUUCAAAAGCGUCUCCAGCGUCUAACAAGUUACCACCGCCCCAGCAUAAGAAAAAGAUGUCGAACAGUGUAAGCCGUGAGAAGAAUGCCUUCCUGUUCGGUGAAGUCACUGAGAGUAGAAAUCCCCUGAACUCAGAUGAGAUAUUCGGCCUGGAGCCUCUGAAGAAACUCAAGAACGCCACAGAUGAGAAGACAAAAGAGUAGAUUAGACCCAGACACAUCCGCAGUGGGUGAGGCCGUCCUUCAAUACAACGGAGUGGCAUGUUGACCUAAUGAUAAUACGCGUUGGCACUUGCCGAAUCCUUCAAUGUGACAACCCGCAAUAUCUUUGCCAGUGCCUAAAAACCCAGCUUGGGCUUUAGAUCCGCCGAGAACAAACAGCCACUGCUCAACGAAAACCUCAUGUUCCGGGUGUGACCGGGGAACAGGUGGCAGAUCACUGCUGCUGUUUGUGAGAAACAAAAACAGUCUUGAGAUUGCCCUGGACUUGCUGCUGCGACUAUAUAGCUCAUUUAUUCCCAUUUCAUCAUCAUUUCCCAGCAAGCCCUGUUGUGUACCUAGCUCUGUAAGAUAACUGCGAAGAGAUACGACAGCGGAUUCCUUCAUCGAACAAAUUAUACAUAGCAAGGUACUUUCAGAAGGAGUCCGAG